AUGGCUCGCGUUCUCAAACCAAAGCUGCUCCUGUCAGCUUUGCUGAUGGCGCUCUUGGCUACGCUGGCCCACGCCAACGAUAUCGUUGAUCAAACGUGGCGCGCCCCUGACGUCCAAGGCUUUACCAAUGAUCCACCCACGUACAAUGGGGCGCCGCCACAACGCACGGAUCAUGCGGCCCUCUUCCGAAGCGAGCAGCGCCGAUUGCGCCGCGCACUCGGCAAUCAGGAUAGAGCCUAUGUGCUGGACCUCUACAACGAGGUGUAUCUGGCCGCCACCAACGAGCAUUUUCAAGACAACUCAAUCCUCAGCUCGUGCACCGUGGGCAAGGCCACCAACCCCCCCAAACACCAGGAGAUGGUCUUGAAACGUGUCAACUUUUUCCGCAUGAUGACCCAUCUGCCCACUGUGGUCAUCAAUCAAGCCAAGUCGGAGAAAUGCGAGAAGAGCUCACUUAUGAUGGCCAGAAACAAGAAGCUAAGCCACUACCCGGCCGACAGCUGGGCUUGCUGGACCACAAGUGGCGACGAUGCGGCGGACAGCAGCAACCUCCAUUUGGGCGGCUUUGGUGUAGACUCAGUCGAUGGCUACGUAGAUGACACCGGUUCAAACAACAAAGCCGUUGGCCACCGCCGCUGGAUUCUCUACCCACCCCUCUCCGAAAUUGGGACGGGCGACGUCAAUCCCUCCGAAUCUGGAUACUACCCCGCCAACACCAUGUGGGUCAUCAACGGGGACUGGACUCGCCUCCCGACCGAGCCCGAGGCCGUGCUUUGGCCCUCGGCCGGCUACAUGCCCUACCAACUCCUUCCCAGCUCGCGUCGCUGGUCCGUCUCCAUCGACAAUGCCGACUUUGCCGACGCCACCGUCACGAUGACGGGCCCUCACGGUCCCGUCGCGGUCACGAUUGAGUCCCGCAAUGGUGGAUUUGGUGACCCAGCUCUGGUCUUCCACCUCGAUGACGAGAGCGUCAUGAACCGCCCCCUCGGUGGAGAUGUCACCUAUAGCGUCAGAGUCAACGGCUACAAGCUGCAUGGGACCCGGCGAGAUCUGGUCUACGACGUUGUUGUGUUUGACACGGACGCACCAGCCGGCGAGUUUUGCUCGCUGUUGGAAGUUAGCGGCCGAAGUGGCGUCAACAGUAUUAUCAAUGGCCAAUAUCAGCAAGCCGGCGCCCUGAUGGGCAUCCCAUACUACAAGAAGAAGGGCGCUGAAUUCUACCUCUCCCAUACCACCAACUGGUGGUUUUUUGCCGAUAGUCCCACCUCUGGUUUGUCGCACUCGUUUGUGGUUGGUCUUUGCGUCCUGAGUGUGUCAACGCACAUAGCUCACCUUUGGGGUCAAACAGGCGCUUGGUUUGGGCGGAUGGAAUCGGCCGUGGCUCGACCCGAGGAUUCGACUGCGCACAUUGAGGUCUACGCGAGUCCCUGGGUGGCUGAUCCAAUGGUGCAACUGAAAUGCCUCAAAUACCCGACCCCAGCUGAUCAAGGCAAUUCAGAUGAUGAUGCGGCUGGUGAAGCCGAUGACGACGACGAUGGCGGCGAUCCUCUGUGCCGCGAUGGAGUUGGGCUUAUGGCCAGCAAGAGGGCUUGUCGGCGGUUCUGCAAGAAGAAUUUGCCCGAUUUGCCCAAGUAUGUGUACUAUCCUGAUGGCAAUACCAAGCGCAACUACUGCCCUCAGGCCUGCGUGUGCUGCCCACCCAAAGUGGCUGACGAAGCGACAUGUGCCGCAUCGUGCAAAAACGGUUAUAUUUAUCAGCGCAAGGUUCCGGAUACCGGGUGCCGUCGUGUGUGCGAAUGCACGUCGUAA